ACUUAUCAUCUUUCGCUGUAUAUUCUGAAUUUCUGUUGUAAGGGAGUACUGAGUACAUUUGAAGAGUCGGUGCCUACUACGUACAGAGUUUAACAGAAACAUUUCUUAGCAACCUUCAAAGCCAAAGUGUGAUAAUAUACACGAGGCGAGUCGUUGUACCGAGACAAGAACAGCUACAACACAGCAGUAGAAGAUAACAUACACUAAUUUAAGUUUACAUAAACGACUGAAUUAUCUUCUUGAGCGACGUGUGAGGAUCACUGAAGUAGUUAAACACCAGCAGCAGGAACGGUGCAGUAGUGAGCCACUUAUUAGCGGCAAGAGAAAGAAUACUGCGAUAGUGAGCCACGGGCCAGCAGAAAAAAGAACGCCGUAGGAGCAUUAUACAUAAACGCUGAUAUUGUGACAUUAGGAUGCUGAGGGAGAAGAAGAAGGCCCUCUGGAAAAUUAUUAUUGUCGUCCUGAUCUUCGUCAACUGUGCUAUGGUGCUCUUGAAAGAUGAUAACGCGUUUGUGUUGUACGAGCGCUUGCUGAGUACUUCCUCCAGCAGAGGUGAUAUGGUGGCCUGGGCACGAGCAGCUGUUAACAGCUGCCAUAUAGAACCAUUACCAAAUAUCACAGUUUUCUUCAAAUAUCUCAACCAGACGGAAUACCCCUGCAAAAAUUUGACUAAGUUCGGUGGUGCGAUUUUUCCUAAAUUUGUGGACGGUGACAAGUGGGCGUGUCUGGACUCGCCGGUGGCUCCCCCUCCCUCAAACUGCCUAGUGUACUCCUUUGGUAUCAACUUCGAGUGGUCGUUCGAUGACGCUAUGGCAUCCUACGGCUGCGAGGUAUACUCGUUCGAUCCCACCAUGGAUAUGAAAGAACACAAGCGGUCUCCUAACAUUACCUUCUUGAAGCUCGGUAUUGGCAACUCUGCGAGGAAUUUUAGCAGAGGCAAGGUGGACACAUUAGGUGGGAUCAUUAAGAAACUGGGUCACGUGGGGCGGAGGAUUGACUACCUGAAGCUGGACAUUGAAGGGAUGGAAGUGGAGACUCUGGAGGAAGUGUUCAAGAACCAGCCAGAGCUGCUCACUAACGUCACCCACCUGGGCGUCGAGAUUCACCCUGGCAAAUAUAAUGGCGCGAAUACUACACAGCCGACCAACAUCUUCAACAGACUGUGGAAGACUUUCCAGUACCUAGGCUGCCUAGAAUUUCAGCUUCUGUAUUGGGCCUACAACCCUUACCCUUCUUACUCCAUGUGGAAGGGUAUCAAGCAGUCCUGUUGCUACGAAAUAGUCUGGGUCAGGCCACCACCUCGUUAGAUAGCCGUUUGCAUUUAGAAGCUCCGUGAGAAGUGUUCAGGUGUGAUUAGACUUAUUUGUUUGUUUCUUAGAUGUGAAUAGUUGGAAGUUGUUUGUAAAGUGUUCUUGUUAGUCAUAGAUGUGUUUGUUAGAAGUAAUUAGAUGACUGUGUUUGUUAGACGUGAUUAGAUAGCUGUUUUUGUUAGACAUUUGUGAACAGUGAUAUACAGAGAACUGUUUCAAGAAAUAUUACCAUUACCUAUACAUGAGAAAUAUUAUGAGUCUUACCUGUGGGAUCCCACUCGUUACGUGUACCCAUCCUGAUACAUCCUCCCUGAAUACUGCUGUCUUCCUAAGCUCAUGUAUUCUGUGUUCCAAUAUAGUGCCUUAUCCGCUAUCCCUGCCUACUCUUCCAGUUUGUGGACCAGUCUCUGAUGUGGUACGUUAUCAAAUACCUUCUUACAGUCCUGGAAUAAUUUCUCUGCACAUUUUCCUUUCCUGCUUUCUGUUACCUUAUCGUAGCACUCCAGUUGAGUCAUCGACCUUGAUUGCCUGUUAUUGCCCAGGCACUGUACAACCUCUACGGGUUUAUUGCUUCCUUAUAAAUAUAAUAUAAUAUUAGUAAAAAUCAAGUAGAUUCGUGACAGAAACUUUAUUUUCUAAACCCAUUUUGGAUGUCAUUGAGGAAUCCAUUUUCUCUAUUUUCUCACCAUUUUCCUGACUAUAUUCAUCCUUGUGUUAGAUAAUAUGAAUACCAUAAAUAAGGGUCUGUAAUUCACCACGGUCUGUCCUCGUUGUUUUUCCCCAUUUCCAGCGAUUUGUAGAUUUUUGCUAGGUAUUCACACAGUGCUUCUGCUUCUACUUUCAGAGCCCAAAAUGAUGAACGCUAACGUUCACUUACUUUAAUAAAUCCAAUUCGAUGAAUAGCUUCUAAAAUUCUACCCAUGUUCACGUGACUGUUCAGUGUACAUUGGUCCCCCUCAUCUCUUCAUUUCUGAUGUUAUCCUUGAUUCUACAGGGAUACCCCCCCCCCGCCUCAUAUUGAUCAUUUGUUCAGGUCCUCACGGACCUUAUCAUUUACUCUAUACUCUUAUUCCUUCAUUAACCUCAGGGGUGCAUGGGAGUACGUGGGCGUACACGGCAGUACAUGUGAAAGGCACAGAAAACUUUAGAGUUUAUAUCGAGGCUAUCUGCUGAGAAUGAUUAAUUAAAGCCUAAUUUUACCAACUGUUAGUCACCAAAUAUUAUUGCUACUACUACUACUACUACUACUAUGCCCCAGGGAAAAUAUCCAUAAUCAGCCCAUCUUGGGUAGGUUGUGGCUACUGGCAACACCUGAAAUUUUAUCUAAGAUCCCAAUAUUGGUAAAGUGUAUGUCAACAGGUUCUUAAAGGACCGUCUUGUUAUUCCAUUUACAACUUCACUAUGAAGUCUAGUCAUGUUUCAUAACCUUACCAAGACACUGCCAGAAUUGGCAUUGCACCUCCUGCCUCGGAGUUUUACAGAAUCACGUUGAAUUACUUUGAAUUACUUUGCACUCUCCUUUGUUUGACUUUUUAAAUAAGUUAAAGGUAUGAAGAAGUUUUUGUAGACUCCGAUUGGAGAAGAGAUUGAUUGCUUUGAUUUUUCUUAGUCUCUUAUUUAAUGUAGAUACGAUUAUUAUUAUUAAACCUGUAACAUCUCCAUGAUAUCUUUGUCUUUUAUGUAAUAUAGAGACCCAUACUGGACAUAUAAGUGAUGUCUGACAAGUGCCUUAUAGUAUAAUCAUUGUUACUAAUGUUUUAUACUCGAAAUUUCUAGUUCUGAAACCUAAUCUUAUGUCAGCUUUGAUACCAGUAACUAGACAUUAUCUUUUACUUAACGUCGGCAUUAAUGAUUAUUUGCUUCGGCUAGUCGAGAUGUAUGAUUCUGUUUUCAGUACUGAAAGUCAUUUUUCAUAUUUCCAAUCAUUGCUUUGCAAAUUUUUAUAUAUAUUUAAUAUAUUUAGUCCCACUUCGUGUAUGUAAAAAUGUGCGAAAGAUUUGGCCAGGGAUUUAUCUCAGGAACCCAGACAUUUCUCCAUUCUGUACCACAUGUUGUUUCUUAAUGGUGGGCUCCUCGCUUGCUCAUUACACUAUAAUUUGUUCAUGAUUAUAGCCAUGUAUAAACGUUAGUAACCAUUCUUACAGAAUUCAUUACCUUUGUAACUUGUGAGCUCAUUACCUUUGUACCUAGUUCAGCUAUCAAAACUUUGGGGGCCCAGUCCCUGGACCCAUUACGUACCUCUGUAAUCUGUAAAUACCUUUGUAACUUGUCAUGAUUGUGACCAGACCUACCUGGAGUUCAUUACCUUUGUAAAUUGUGAGUUCAUUACCUUUGUAAAUUGUGAGUUCGUUACCUGUGUAACUUGCUCAGCUGUCAAAACUUUGGAGUCCAGUCCCUGGACCAAUUAUGUACCUCUGUAAUCUUUUGACUACCGCCCACAGGAUGGGUAUGGGGUGCAUAGUAAACAUAUUAAACUAAACUAAAACUCGCUGAUUCAGGCAGGAAGUUGUCACCUAUACCAUAUACCUUUACUGGAGGUAGCAAUCUUCACGGUAGUAUUCCUACAAGUCUAGGAAUACUACAUCUGUUGGGACUCUUGUCCCAAUCUUUUAUACACUGUAUACCCGGAGAAGAAUUCUAGUCAGUUUGUUACAAAAGAACGUUUGUUAUAUCCUUGUUGAUUUCUGUCACAGUGAUCACCUGGCAGGGAUGCCUUUAUGUUGGUAAAGGAAUCUGAAUUUAACGAAUUGGAGCUACUAUCCCAUUCUUUCGAUCAAACCUAAUUACCUUCUAUUCCCAAAGAGAUGUAUGACUCUCGUAGGUUUAGUGCUUUUCCAAAGACUAUAUUAGUAAUAAUAUUUCCUCUGGCAAGCAUUGUUACUGUUACAGCAGCCCUCUGUGACAGCAAUAUCUAUAAGAAGCACGUGUGUGUGAACAUCACUGAACAAAUAUCUUGCUAAUGCCUCAUAAAGUCCAAGUAAAAUAUUAAAUAAAUGAAC